AUGCCGAACCACAAGCCCACCAGCCUCAUCAGACAAGCCCAGGAGUACGACAACAUGCUCCUGUUGAGCCCCUGCGACUGCACGGUGCUCCACCCGGCGCAGCUCCUCGGCCCGCAGACUUUCGACGUGGGGUUCCUGGAGCUGCAGGCCAGGCCUGCGGCAGGUGCCUUUUUGUCGGGCUGGGCGCUUUGCGUCGCCUGCAGCGACAGCGCCAGGGAGCUCGGCAGCAUGGCAGAGGCGCUCCGGCGCGCGGUGGAGUCGGCAGGGGAGCGGUGCGUCAUCUGCUUGGACAGGCCGCCAGACCGUGUCAUCGUGUACUGCGGCCACCUGCUGUGCGCUGCGUGCGCAGAGGAUGCAGGGGCCGAGUAUCGGCGGCGCCUUGCGGCGCGUUUCCGCCAGGGGUACCUCAGCGGGCGGCAGGCUAUCCACGCUAAGUUUGACGUUGGCGCUCGUGAUUCUAAUGACGGCGUGGCAGCCGGGGCGGACGAUGACAGCAUUGAUGUCGAGUUCAGCCUUGCGCAGAUGGCCUACAUUAUCGACCAGGCGACUGCCGCCGUGCAGGCCAAAUAUCCACAGCCCAACCUCGCCCCCCCUAUGGCCGACUGGGAGCGGUACCGGGAGUCGCGGAAGUACAAGGUCCAGGCGGAUACCAACGUGAACCCCAAGCACGUGGGCGAGUCUCUGAGAACCCUGACGCUGGAGGACCGCAUAGAGCUCAGAAGACAAAACCGCGAGCUCCAGAAGCGGAGGAUCUCGGAGAACCUCGGGUCCGUGGACGACUUGCCGGACUCGGAGUGGCCUCCCGCGAGCUCUCCCCCAGCCGAGGAGGCGUCGGAGAAGCCGGCGCGGCCCGAGAAGCGAGCCACGGAGCAGAUCGUGGAGGACCUGUUGGAGGCGGCGGGGCCCAGCGCGGACACUGCUGGUGCGAACGGUGGCCCCAAGCUGCCCCGCUGGAAGCGGCGCAAGGUGGACAAGGGCGACGACCAGCUGGAGAUGAUCGCCGUCGAGGGCGCCGCGCCUGCCGCCUCGCAGGCCGCAGAGGCCCGAAACGGGCACGGCUGCGCCGCCUCCAGGCAGAACGGCUCCGCGAGCAAGCCGCCAGCUGCCGAGUCCUCCAGCAGCGCGGCGCGGGGCUCGGCCGUCGAAGUGGAGCUCGGCUCCGAGGACAAGCAGGCGGGCCCCCAGGUCGAAGACCUGGACGCCGUGGCCGUCGUCGAGCUGCUGGACGACGACAAGGCGAGGCGGACCAGCGGCGGUUUGGACCGACGAAGGCCCCGCCGGAAAGUGGCCAGCGCCAGCGCCGCCGGGAGCGACGUGUUGGAGGAGGUCACGGAGGUGUUGGACUAA